AUGACGGAAACAAAUGAUGACUUCUAUUUACGUUAUUAUGUUGGACAUAAAGGAAAAUUUGGCCAUGAAUUUCUUGAAUUCGAAUUUCGACCUGAUGGAAAAUUACGUUAUGCAAAUAAUUCAAAUUAUAAAAAAGAUACUUUAAUUAGAAAAGAAGUAUAUGUUAAUCGAUCAGUUAUGGAAGAAUUUAAACGAAUUGUUAGUGAAUCGGAUAUUAUGAAAGAAGAUGAUGCUGUCUGGCCACCACAAGAUCGUAAUGGUCGACAGGAAUUAGAAAUCGUUCUUGGUGAUGAACAUAUUUCAUUUACAACAGCAAAAAUAGGUUCAUUGAUUGAUAUUAAUAAUAGCCGUGAUCCAGAUGGUUUACGGUGUUUUUAUUAUUUGGUUCAAGAUUUGAAAUGUUUUGUCUUUUCACUUAUUAGUUUACAUUUCAAAAUACAACCUAUCUAA